CUGGCAUCUCGCAACAAGAUACAUUCAUCCCGUCCCUUCUCCACGAGCUGAUCUCUAACUAAUCCAAAACCAAUCCACCUCCUAGCCUGCCCCCGUCUCAUCCUGCCACCACCAUCCGGGCUCUUCCGGUCUUCAAAGUGUGGAGUUCUGCCCGCUUCCCCAAUCAAUUGCGUCUUCGCACUCGGUCUGCCUUGGUCGUCCACUUUCUGUGCGACGCUGCGACUCCGCCGCCUACGUCGAAGCCCUUUGUUUUCUCGAUGUAGCAUUCCCCAUAGUACGUAAGCUACUGUCUGUAGCACUGUAGCAUCUUUCUGUUCCAAUCUAUCGUUCUACGCAUAGACCUGUCCGUUUCGUGCUCGUCCGGCAGAUUAUGAGCCGCACAUCCGGAGCGCAACGGGAUCCACCGUUCGUCCGGCACUGGACGCCGAGGAUCGCACCAUCGCCGUCGAUUCAGUCUGGGGACGACGACGUUCUCCUUCGCUUGUUCUUACAUACCCGGGGAUUUACCAUCCGGGAACUCUGCCCUGAAUUCGAAUCGCAUUCUAUAGAACAUGGCGAUCUGACCUUGGGACUGAGAUAUCGCACCACAUCAACUCGUAAGCCCUGCGAUAGAAGCCCAAAUGCUUCGCCUGCCAUUGUUUCGGGCUAUACUCCCGGUUUCACGUCCAGUCGAAGCGCCCGCGGGGACGAAGAGACUGGAAAACGAAGGAUUGAUGCCAUGAAUCGAUCAUGCCAGGACCUCAAUAACCUUAAUUCCACUGGAUGCUAUCCUUCCCCUGGUAUUCUCGCUAUAUCCAAGUUUGAGAGGGGACGAAAUCGAACGACGUCGGCGGCUACAGCUGGGGGUAUGCCUUCCAUCACAGCAUCCCCUUCUUGACCUCAUCCCGACGCUCAUCCCAGAGCGUCUUACCCGUGCAUGAGCACACCGUCUUGUCAUUAUCCCACAUACCAGCACUG